AGGAUUUUUAAUGCAGACUGCAGUCGUUCGAGCAGUUGUGUCGUGUUAGUUGCCUACGUUCCCAUUUAAACAAGGUGCUAUUAUGGUGCAAGUGAUAAAUAAUCCGGCCGUGCCUUUCGUGGGUCCAAUCAAGGGGGGCCUUGAUCCCGGGUCAAUGAUCAGAAUUCAAGGAGCGGUGCCCGAAAACGCCGACAAAUUUAAUGUGAACUUACACUGUGGUCGGCCACCUUCCGAUGUUGCCCUUCAUAUUUCAGUUCGACUUCUUCAAGGGUACAUAGCGAGGAAUUCGCUGCAAGACGACGACUGGGGCGAAGAGGAAGGUGACGGAAAUUUAACUAUCGGUUCCGGACAGUCUUUCGAAAUACUGAUUCUUUGUGACCCGAGUAGUUACAAGAUUGCAGUGAAUGGGCGACAUUUUUGCGAGUUUCGGCAUAGGAUACCCUUUAACGGAGUAAGCCACUUGGAAAUUGAGGGCACGGUUGAGCUUCAGCUAAUCGCAAUUGAGAGUGCGUUACCUGCUCCACCGCCACCUAGACAACCUCCACCCAAUGCUGAUUUUUCGUCAGGUUACAAUAUGCCCCCUCCCCCCGGUAAUUACGGGCAAGGUCCACCGCCCCAAGGACCUUAUGGUGGAGGCCCGGGUUACUACCCACAUCAUCCUCCUGGAAAUAAACAAGAAGAAUCUGGCCUUGAUUCGAUAUUCGGAAAUGCUGGUGCUGCAAUAGCAGGUGUGGUAGUUAGUGGACUUGCAGAAAAUUUUCUAAGCGGUUUAUCUGGAGGUGGUGGACAAUCGAACAAUACUCAACAACACCCACCGAUGCAACCCCAGCAGCCCCACUACCAAGGUGCACCCCAAUCUCACGGGCAGCAGUCCUCUAAUAUUAUGGGAGACAUACUUGGAUCUUUGGCAUCUGAACUGGCCGGAGGUGGUGCACAAUCGCGCCAUCCCCAACAACCAAUGCACCCUCAACAGCCUCCCUACCAAGGUGGCCCCCAACCCCAAGGGCAGCAGUCUUCCAUUGUGGGAGAUCUACUUGGAAAUUUGGCUUCUGAAAUAUUCAAACCGUCUAGAAGGAAUUAGACGAGCAGCUUACAGCUUCCAGAAUUAGUUAAAUCUUGUUAUUAAGCUAUUUAAAAACUUUAUAUAUUGUUAACACCGUCCUGUGGUAAAAAAAAGGGGGGGUUAUUGAAACGUGUAGAAUGUGCCUGCUAAUAUAGGUGUGGCCCCAAGUCUCGAAUGUAAAUCUGUUUCACUACUGAGUAAGUAAUGGUAAAGUGGUCUUAUACAGGGUGUAACAAAAGUAUGUAGGAUAUACUAAUAUGUACGUAGGGGUGCAUUUUCUGGCCUUUUAUUUUGCAUACACGUUACACGCUGUAGUUUGAAAUGCAGCUUUGGGACAGUAAAAGGCCACACUGUAUCAUUUUUAUUUUGGACAACUGCGCUUAGAAAAAUUAAAGCAGCACUAUUUAUUAAAAUCUUGAAAUGUUCUAGUCGUCAAUAUAUAACAGAAAAUUGUGUAUUUUGCCAAUAAAAAUCGAAUCUGAGCGCUUUAAAUA